AUGAGCGGCGCACAAGUCGUUGAUCACGGAGGCUUAGAGGAUGGGAUAGGGGUCCAGACUUGCCAGACUCCCCAGAUUCUCCAGUGUCUCCAGUGCGUCUCCAUCCAGCAAAAUUUUCUAAGCCUUGAACCACACUUGGUUACCAUCACGGCGACAUUCCUCCUACUACGACAGUCCACGCCCUCAUCCGUAUCGUCAUCCGACAACUGCUCUAGCUAUUCUAGAUUGUUCCCCACAUCGUCGACGCCGCCACCAUUACCACCACCUCCUCCAGUACAUCUCCGAUACCGCGUUACGAUCUCUUCACCGAUAACCUAUAGCGGAAGAAUACCCAACCCAGCAGACUAUCUAGUCGCCAUGGGCCGCUGGAAAGAGCUCGACACAGACGCCGACCGUCUACCCGAGAACAUGACCCGCAUAGGCUACGACGCCGAUACCCAGGUCUACACCUACCGCGACAACACCGAUGGGACCUUAUGGGAGGGCGCACCCGGCGCCACCUACGGCAAACUCUUCCCAGUCAAGCCUCCGACGCCAUUACCUAGUGUUGAGGUCCCAGAGAUCAGCGACGGUACAGAACCGGGCUACGUCCUUGAAGAAGGGCCGGAUCACGAUCCAUUUGGUGACCAUAACGCGGUACGACGGGAUGACGAGAAGCCUAAACGAGGGUAUAGCACGAGGAAGAGGGUGGAUUCCGUCAUGGAUCGAAUUGCUAGUAUCAGGGAGAAGCCGGAUAGGAGGCCCAGUCGCAGGGAGAGUCGAAGGGAAAAGGCAGAUGCCGGAUACGGCGACGAGAAGGGUGUGGAGAGGAGAAACACCACCAAGAAAGAGCGUGACGGCCACCGCUACUCGGAAAAAGAAACCCUCCCGCGCUCCAACACGACUCGCACAAGCCGUGCUGCCUCCACCCCUAGUUGGGACCCUCGGCCAUCGCCACCACAAGAACAAGACGGAAGCUCGAAGCUGAAGCGAGCAGGUACCCUCUCCCGCAUCUCUCGCUUCCUGACAGGCAAGCGCAAAGACGCUGAUCCAGAUUACGACGUGACUCCGGGAACUGGCGGCGGAAGUAACGGUGGGAAUGCGAAUGGGUCUAGAGUACAUCGUUGGGCGACAGGGAGGAGGCAAAGAGCCACGACUUUUGACGACAUUCUGGCGGGGAUUCCGGGACAGCAUUGA